AUGGCCGCAGAAACUGAGACAUAUGCCUUCCAGGCCGAGAUCAACCAGUUGCUCUCCCUGAUCAUCAACACCUUCUACUCCAACAAGGAGAUCUUCCUUCGCGAACUAAUCUCCAACUCCUCCGAUGCCCUGGACAAGAUCCGGUACCAGUCCCUGACCGACAAGUCGGUGCUGGAGUCCAACCCGGAGCUGUACAUCCACGUCGUCCCCGACAAGACCAACCGCACCCUGACCAUCACCGACUCCGGCAUCGGCAUGACCAAGGCCGACCUGGUGAACAACCUGGGCACCAUCGCCCGCUCCGGCACCAAGUCCUUCAUGGAGGCGCUGUCCGCCGGCGCCGACAUCUCCAUGAUCGGCCAGUUUGGCGUGGGCUUCUACUCCGCCUACCUCGUCGCCGACCGCGUGACGGUGGUGACCAAGCACAACGACGACGAGCAGUACCUGUGGGAGUCGCAGGCCGGCGGCUCCUUCACCAUCACCCGCGACGUGGAGGGCGAGCCGCUGGGCCGAGGCACGCGCAUGACCCUGCACCUGAAGGAGGACCAGCUGGAGUACCUGGAGGAGCGGCGGCUGAAGGACCUGGUGAUCCGCAAGAACAUCAUCAAGAAGGUGAUCGAGAUGUUUGGCGAGAUCGCGGAGAACAAGGACGACUACGCCAAGUUCUACGAGGCCUUCUCCAAGAACCUGAAGCUGGGCGUGCACGAGGAUUCUGCCAACCGCGGCAAGCUGGCGGACCUGCUGCGCUACAACUCCACCAAGUCGGGCGACGACGCGACGAGCCUGAAGGACUACGAGACCAAGGCCGCGUUCGAGCCGCUGUGCCGCCUGAUGAAGGACGUGCUGGGGGACCGCGUGGAGAAGGUGGUGGUGGGCGAGCGCAUCGUGGACUCGCCCUGCGUCCUGGUCACCGGCGAGUACGGCUGGUCGGCCAACAUGGAGCGCAUCAUGAAGGCCCAGGCCCUGCGCGACUCCUCCAUGGCGGGGUACAUGUCCAGCAAGAAGACGCUGGAGAUCAACGCCGCCAACCCCGUCAUCGCGGAGCUGCGCACGCGGGCCGAGGCCGACAAGGGGGACAAGACCGUGCGCGACCUGGUGCAGCUGCUGUUCGAGACCGCGCUGCUGGCGUCCGGCUUCUCCCUGGACGACCCCAACACCUUUGCCUCCCGCAUCCACCGCAUGGUAAAGCUGGGCCUGAGCAUCGACGAGGAGGAGGGCGCGGGGGAGGGCGCAGGCGACGACCUGCCCGAGCUGGAGGAGAACGCGGACGAGGGGUCGCGCAUGGAGGAGGUCGACUAG